CAGCUGGUAGCGCAGCUGCCUCCAAAGCCCCUUUGCCUGGUGUAGAAGUGGUGAAGAAUUCAGGAUGCUCCGGACCUGUCCAGUGCUCUACUCCAAGGCUGGUCCCCCAACUGGGGGCUGGCAGCCCCUGAGCUUUGAUGGUGGGGCCUUCCACCUAAAGGGUACUGGAGAACUGAUGCGGGCAUUGCUGGUGCUCCGGCUGUGUGCCUGGCCCCCUCUGGUCACCCAUGGCCUGGCGAUCCAGGCCUGGUCUCAGCGGCUCCUGGGCUCCCGGUUCUCGGGCGCACUUCUCCGAGCAUCCAUCUAUGGGCAGUUUGUGGCUGGUGAGACAGCAGAGGAGGUGAGAGGCUGUGUCCAACAACUCCAGACUCUAAGCCUCCGGCCGCUGCUGGCAGUGCCCACAGAAGAGGAGCCAGACUCAGCUGUCAAGACUGGCGAGGCCUGGUAUGAGGAGAACCUCAGUGCUAUGCUGCGGUGUGUGGACCUGUCACGAAGCCUUCUGGAGACCCCUGGCCCAAAUGGGAACAUCCUCAUGCAGUUGAAGGUGACGGCACUGACCAGCACUCGGCUCUGUAAGGAGCUAACCUCAUGGGUCAGAAGGCCAGGGGCUUCCUUGGAGCUGAGCCCUGAGAGGCUGGCAGAAGCCAUGGACUCUGGACAGGAUCUCCAGGUCUCUUGCCUCAGCACCGAGCAAAACCAGCAUCUCCGGGCCUCUCUGAGCCGCUUGCAGCAGGUAGCACAGCAUGCCCAGGCCCAGCACGUGAGGCUCCUGGUGGAUGCUGAGUACACCUCACUGAAUCCUGCUCUCUCUCUGCUGGUGGCUGCCCUGGCCUUGCGUUGGAACAGAUCCAGGGAGGGUGGGCCCUGGGUGUGGAACACUUACCAGGCCUAUCUGAAGGACACUUACGAAAGGCUGAGGCGGGAUGCUGAGGCUGCAGACAGGGCUGGCCUGGCCUUCGGGGUGAAGUUGGUACGAGGGGCAUAUCUGGACAAGGAGAGAGAUGUGGCCCAGCUUCAAGGGACCAAAGAUCCCACUCAGCCUGACUAUGAGGCUACCAGUCAGAGUUACAGACGCUGUCUAGAGCUGAUGCUGACUCAUGUGUCCCACCGUGGCCCCAUGUGCCACCUCAUGGUGGCUUCCCACAAUGAGGAAUCUGUUCACCAAGCAACCAAACGCAUGUGGGAGCUGGGCAUUCCUCCGGACGGGCCUGUCUGUUUUGGACAACUUCUGGGGAUGUGUGACCACGUCUCUCUGGCAUUGGGGCAGGCUGGCUAUGCCGUGUAUAAGUCCAUCCCCUACGGCUCCCUGGAGGAGGUGAUCCCCUACCUGAUCCGGAGGGCCCAGGAGAACCAGAGUGUGCUGCGGGGUGCCCGCAGGGAAUGGGAGCUGCUCAGUCAAGAACUUCGGCGGAGGCUGCUGGGGCGGGGCCUGAGGGUACCUUCUUAGUUCCCCCAGGGGUUAUGUGGUCAAUAAAGGUCCUGAGCUACUGCC